CCGGAAAUUACAGUUCUAGUUCAUACUCUGAAUCGAAACACCCAGAAGCUAGCAAAUGUCUACUGCGACUGCUAGGGUUUUCAGAGGCUGUAGGGCGCUGUGUGCGCCGGCAUCUGCUGCCAGGUCCUCUUCUGCUGCCACAAAAUCGCCGCCGAAAUCGAGCCAGAAGCCCAAGACAGCAAGUCCCCGGAAGCCUAAACCAGCCUCUCGAACCAUGGUAAGACCCACUGGCAUCCUCAAGGUCGCUCCUGUUUCCCCUGCUUUGGGCGAGUUUCUUGGAGCCAAUGAAGCCUCCCGUACAGACGCCGUCAAGCAGAUCUGGUCCUACGUCAAGACCCAAAACCUCCAGAACCCAAAUGACAAGAGGGAGAUCUUUUGUGAUCAGAAGCUUAAGGCUCUUUUUGGUGGAAAGGAGAAGGUUGGUUUCUUGGAGAUUGGAAAGUUGCUAACCCAGCAUUUUGUAAAGACGAAUUGACUUCUCGAUUUCCAGGAUCUGUCUACUACUGCUGCCCCACCUCUAUUCAAAAUGCUCUUCUAACUUCCAUCAAUCUUGAAGUUGAACCCAAAAUGUAUCCCACUGAAUUGCUUUCGUUUUAAGAGCAUAACUCUUAGGUUUGGGUUUGUAACUAAAUAGGUUUCUAGUAGGACAUGGUGUAAAAAUUUGGUAGGAAGUUCAGAUGAUUAGCCUUAUUAUCUGCUUUGUGAUUUGGAUUUUAACUUUGUGAGAACCGUGUUACUUUGACUGACUAUAAUGGGUCUUCAUGGGGAAGCAGGUGUUCUUGAAAUGGAGAGUUUAUUAAAUCAUGAAUUAUAAUAGGUACACUGAUCUACUGCAGUGCUGCUAGGUGCCUGCAGUAAUGAUGUUAAAUUGCAACAGAAAAGUUUGUCCGGACCAGCCAAAGACAACCACAUGUGACUGUGGCCUUAUAUUUGCAUUUUAGGGCUCCACAUCUACAUCUAAAGAUGUGGUAGUUAGGAUUGAUAUACUUUUUUUCCAGUCCAGACUAAAUCCAAAGACCAAAACCUCCAAUAGCAAAUGUUAUGAAAUUUGAAAUAUCUUAUGGUAUUGCAAUUUAUGUGAUGCGGAGAGUAUUUAGUUUU